GCCCCUCCCCUGUUGGGGAAGAAACCUAUGAUUCCGCGACAUGGCGUCAGGUAUAUAUGCACUGCCCCCAGGGACAGCAAGGUCCUACUUUACACUUCCCUCCUCGUCAGGUACCCAUCCAUCCAUCGACCCCUGGCUUGUUCGGGAGCAGAGAGCGAGCUCUUGAUCUUGAUUCUCGAGGGAGGGAGCCAGACAUGGCUCGUUUUCUUAGGCCGUCGAGCUGCAUUGCCUACCUUCUCGUCGUCCUUGCCUUGUGCUGCGGAACACAACGGCGGAGGGUAGAAGCAUCCAACCGACUCACCCACCACCCAAGGGUCCUGACCACCGUCUCGGUGAUGAAACCCUCGUACCCCACGAUCACCACGCCCACUUCCGCAUCCUACGCCAUGCCCGCGUCCUCCAGGUUCCCGUCGCUGGCGGAUGCGAACGGCGGCGGUGACGUCGGCGGAGGUGGCAUCGGCGGUGGUGGUGCUGCUGGUGGUGCCACCGGCGGUGGUGGUACUGCUGGCGGUGGCGUGGGGGGCGGCGGUGCUACGGGCGGGGGAGCUGCCGGUGGCGUGGGCGGCGGCGGUGCUGCUGGAGGCAUCGGCGGUGGCGGGGGCGGUGGGGGUGGCGGGACGUGGUGCGUGGCGAGCCAGAGCGCGAGCACGUCCGCGCUGCAGGUGGCCCUGGACUAUGCUUGCGGCUACAGCGGCGUAGACUGCUCGGCGAUCCAGACAGGCGGGAGCUGCUUCAACCCGGAUACCAUCCACGACCAUGCGUCCUACGCCUUCAACAGCUACUACCAGAAGAACCCUCUCCCCACAAGCUGCGACUUUGGCGGCACGGCCACCAUCACCACCACUGAUCCCAGUUCAGGGUCGUGCCAGUAUCCAGCGUCAAGCGGCGGCGCUCAAGGGACCAUGCCCCCGCCAUCACCGACCACUCUGACGCCGACCACGCCGAUGACUCCGACGCCGAUGACCCCAUUCACCCCGACGCCAAUGACGCCGGACACCCCUAGCACCGGGACGCCUAUGUACGGAUCAAACUCACCUCCGGACUUCGGGUCGAUGUCCCCUCCAGGCCCAGGAUCAAACUCACCUCCGGACUACAGCGACGUCGGCGCCGCCCCAGCGACGGCGAUGGGCAGGGCAACGCUGGCUCUCGUCUCCAUCCUUGCCGCGACGCUAUCGAUGAGCCUCGCCACAUGAGGCGAUACACGCAUCUCAAGAUGGCAAUCCUAUGCAGCAGUCAAAGAAGCGCGCGCCGUUGGAUGCUGGGAUGCGCACGCACAGUUGCACCGCAGAACAGAAACCUCCCUGCCGCGAAACCUUGCCAAGCAGAGGUGCCCCAUUUGUUUAGUAGUAUCUUCACAACUCGGAAGCAUGCAUGCUGAUGCAGCUGCUUCUAGCGUCGCCCCUGCUCUGCUCUAGUGGGGGGCAGCAGAUGUUUAUAUGUCCGAUUAUACUAUUGUAUUUAGAAAUUUAUGAGCAAUUUCAUUUCCUUA